AGAAUGGACAAGCGCAAUUGCUCCUCUGGAACUGAAUUUUUUCUCCUGGGAAUUACCAAUAACUCUGGGAUGAAAGUGACCCUAUUUUCUGUAUUUCUAGUUGUUUAUCUCAUUAUUAUUUUGGCAAAUCUUGGAAUGAUCAUUUUAAUUAGACUGGAUUCCCGGCUGCACACCCCAAUGUACUUUUUCCUCAGCCACCUGUCCUUUGCUGACCUCUGCUACUCCACCGCUGUUGGGCCAAAGAUGCUGGUGGACCUACUUGUCAAAAACAAUUCAAUUCCAGCCAUUGGCUGUGCUCUGCAAUUCUUCAUCUUCUGCAUCUUUACAGAUGCAGAGUGUCUGCUGCUGGCAGUGAUGGCCUUUGAUCGCUACAAGGCCAUUAGCAACCCCUUGCUCUACACAGUCAACAUGUCCAGCAAGGCUUGCUUCCAACUGUUGGUUGGAGUUUAUCUGGUAGGAAUGGUAGAUGCGUUGACACAUACGACAUUGACAUUCCGCUUAUGUUUCUGUGGGUCUAAAGAGAUUAAUCAUUUCUUCUGUGAUGUCCCUCCUCUGCUACUACUGUCCUGCUCAGACACACAGGUCAAUGAGUUGGCAAUCUUCACUGUUUUUGGUUUCAUUGAGCUGAGUACCAUUUCAGGAGUUCUUGUCUCUUAUUGUUAUAUCAUUUUAUCAGUCUUAAAGAUCAACUCUGCAGAGGGGAGGUUCAAAGCUUUCUCCACCUGCACCUCCCACUUAACCGCAGUUGCGAUUUUCCAGGGCACCAUGCUCUUCAUGUACUUCAGGCCAAGUUCUUCCUACUCUCUAGAUGAGGACAAGAUGACCUCACUCUUUUACACCCUGGUGAUUCCCAUGUUGAACCCUCUGAUUUACAGCCUGCGGAACAAGGAUGUGAAAGAGGCUCUGAAGAAAAUGAAGAAUAAAAUCUUGAUUUAA